AUGUAUUUGUAUUCCAGUUCUGACCUUGAAGUGGAGUUGACAGCUGAGGUGAGAGUGGAGGGCUCGUCAUUGCUCAGUAUCCUGUCCACUGUCACCCCUGGUAUAGGCAGCAGGAAGACAGGUAAAUACCUUGUACCAACUCCAAUACACACAUACAAUACUCUACUUCCCCCAAACACACACACACACACACUUGACAGAUUGUGGACCCCCAGGUAGUUGAUAAAGGCCUAAUAUUUCUUGUCUCAUCUUUCAGGGUUGCUCUUUGAUCCCCGGCCCUCAGCAUCCCUCGUCCACCUACAACCCCAGGCUACAGGGAGUACUGGACUGCAGCUUGCCCCAGGCCCAGCUCCCAUCCUGGGCCAUGGACUUAACUCAAACCCUAGGACUUAAAGGGAUGCCUGCUGUCCCUCCUCCUCACAGGAUCACAGAGACUGCCAAGAGCCCCCUGCCCUCCUCCACCUCUCCCUCCUCCCCUUCCUCCUCUCCCGCCUCCCCACCUUCCUCUUCAUCCUCCUCUCCUGGCACCGUGGCAACCAGCUACCACAAUGACAUCCAGGAAGGCAGGACCAACAGCGUGACGGUGGGUGACGUGGUGUCCUCCACUUCUGCUUCCCUGGCUCCCCCCUCCUCCCACUCUGACCCCCCUUUCUCCUCCUCUGAUCCCUUGUUAUGCCUCUCCUCCUCACCCCAAAGGGGAACCGACGGACAAAAAGAGGGCGAGACGGAGAUCUAUGACCCGUUUCACCCCACGGAAGGAGAGAGGGAGGGAGGAGCGGCCGAGGAGGAAGAAGGGGAAAAGUAUGACCCCUUUGAUCCGACCGGCUCACCCCCCUCAGCGAGAGAGGAGGAGGAGCGAGAGAUGGGGGGAGGGAGGGAGAGAGGGAACAGCGUGAGCAGCAAGGGGAGUGAUGCCAGAGGGAAGAGAAGGAAGGCAGAGACAGGGAGGACAGGAGGAGAGGAGAAAGACAAUGCUCCUCCAGACUCCACGGACGCUCUCUCUGUUCCCCCGCUCUCCCCGCGCUCCCUCCCUCUCCCCCUCCGGAGGAGGCUGGACCGAUCCAAAGAGCCCCGGGUGAAAGUACGGGACAGGAGAGAGAAGGCGGACCACUCGGACCACUCUGAGAUUGAGGAGGGUGAGAUCGUGGGGGCCAACGAGAGGGACGGAGGGAAGAGGGAGGAGAGAGGCCGGGAAGGAGUUCUUCCUCUCGUCCUCCCCAUCUCCUCCGGCAGUCCUUUCCUCCACGGGGGAGCCAAGCCGGAGAGGAUCCUGAGGGUGCUGGACGGGGACAGCUUUGUGUCGGUGCGGGCUGAGGGGGACUGGGCGGGGCCGGUGAUGCCUGGCAUGGAGGAUGGGGAGCCCAUGGAGGAGGAGGAAGAGGAGGAGGUGGUGGUGGUGGUCGGGGCGGAAGAUCUGAGGAGGAAGCUGGUAAGCCGGCGUAAAGCGAGAUACCGCUCCUCCUCCCCCCCCUCCCCGCACACCGCCGAGAAGGACAAGAGCCGCAAGUCCUGCAAGAGCUCCAAGGAAAGGGAGCGGCGCAAGCGGAAGGAGGGCAAGGUAGGGGAGGAGGAGGAGAGGAGGAGGAGAAAGAAAAGGAAAGAGAAGGAUGGCGGUGGAGAGAAGAGUGGGGAGAGGAAGGAUAGACACAGGGAAAGGGAGAGGGGGCGGCGGAGUGAGAAAGAGAAGAAAACAAAGGUGGAGGAGGAGAGAGGGAGGAGCAGCAGAAGCGAUAGUAGGAAGAGGAAGAAGAGACGACGGAGCACUCCGGAAUCUUCAACACGCCCCCGCUCACAAAACUCCUCAGUGCAGCAGACGCACAGGGGCCGCUCCUGGUCAAACACUUCAGAGGACCGACACAGAGAGAGAGACGGGGACAGAGACAGAGAGAAGAACAGAAACCGGUACAGAGAUGGGGAACGAGACGGAGAUCGAGACAAGGACAGAAAGAAAGACGACACCCGGAGAAGGGAGAGGAAUGGAGACUCCAGCCGGAUAAAUAGGGAAAGAGAGCGAGACGGCGUCCGCGAAUCGACCAGCCGAGAAAGAGGCAGCUCCAAGAGGUCCAAAGGAAGCAUAGAACGAAGGCACCGGGACAGAGAAAGGCACCGGGACAGAGAAAGGGACAGGGAGAGACGUCGAGACGGUCGACCCGUGGUGCCGCCGUCCAUCCAGGAUCUCAAUGGCUCUGACCUGUUCGCCAUCAAGCGCACCAUCACGGUCACCACAACCACCACCACCACUCUCCCCGGUUCCCCCCCGCUGGCUCCAUCCUCCCCCCGCAGCCCCUCCCAGGGCUCCGACAAGCCCCACAAGAGGCAGAAGAAGAGGCGUCGGCGCUCGGAUGAAGGGUUGGAAGACCGCAUGGGCCGGCAUGGGAGCCGCUCCCUCUCGCCGCCGUCACAUUACCAUGGCUACGACUCUGACCACUUCUCAGACAAACUGGAGAUAGACAUACACUCUCUGGACGGAGAGGCCCUGGACUCAGACUACCCCUCUAUAGAAGACUCCCCACCCCCUCCCCAGCCUUUGGAACCUGCUGCCCCCAGCCCAAGCGCCAAACCAAAGACCGCCACCAAACCUGGACGCCACCACUUCAAGAAGAAAUCCCGAACGGGCAAGAAAGCUGGUCAGUCCGAGUCGUCCUCUUCCUCCUCAGUUCGACCCAAAGGCAAGGGGCUCGCCAUCUCUUCACUCUCCCCGACCCAGGCACCCUCCGGCCCGGCCUCCGCCCCAGCCACCCUCCCCUCCUCGGCCAAACGAGGGCGGAAGAUGGGGAAGGAGAAAGAGCGUGGUGAAAAAGGAGGAAAGAAAGAGUCUGGUCGGUCUGGCAGGUCCAAGAAAUUGAGCGGAGGUGUUGGGAGGAAAGCCAAGCUGCAGUCCAAAGUGUCAGUGCUGGUGCGUGAGGGCGUGAGCAGCACCACGGGGGGCCCGGUGGGCUCAGGGAAGCUCGGCAUGGAGCUCCUCGGUGCGGGCGGGCCAGUAGGGGGCUCUGGGGGGCCGGUGGUGGGUGGCUCCAUUGCAGUGGUCUUUAGGAGGGACAAUGAGAGCAGGUCUCCGUUCCUCAAGCCCUGCUCUGAGCCUCUAUUGCUGAGUGGACGCAACAAGGACCUGGGGAAGGUGGGCAAACGCAGUUCCCUGGCCGCUCCUCCUUCCUCCUCGCUGGCCAAUCCCACGGUGGCAGCACUGAAGUCCAAGAAGGCCAAGCCCAGCUCCACCACCUCCACUUCCUCCUCGGCAUCUUCGCCCUCAUCGUCCCUGGCAACCAAGCGUAGGCGGCGGCUUGCGAAGAAGACGCGGGGAGAGAAAAGCUUAGCCGGUGGUUUGACGGACAUGGAUGGCGCCUUGGCCAACUGUAGCUCUGAGGGCGGCGGCUGGGGUGGGACUUCCUCCGACAUCCAAUCAGGAGUCGGGGCUAAACCCUCCAGUCCGCACUCCGGUCCAGCCGGUCCAAUCCCUUCCUCGUCCUCUUCAUCAUCGUCCUCUUCCACCAGUGUCCUCCCCCCGUCCUCCUCACCCCCCCACACUUCUCCGCCCUCCCUCCCCGCCUUGCGUGAUGCUCGGGAGUCCUCUCCUGACUCUCAGACGGUGGACAGCAGCUGUAAGACCCCCGAGCCCUCCUUCCUACCCGAGGACUGCCCCGCUCAGACCCAGAGCACCCCCAACCUGCCCCCCUCCAGUCCCCCGGCCCUACCCUCCUCCCAGGGGGCAGGCCUCUCACAGUACGGCCCCUCCAACAUGAAGCCCCUCCCUCUGGACGAAGGCUCCAAAUCUUUGGCCUCACCCCCUUGCUCCUCCUCAUCUGGCUCUGUCCCCGCCUCUCUCUCACUUCCUCGUUCCUCCACAGACCCCUCCUCCUCUUCCUCCUCUUCUGUUUCUUCCUCCUCGGCCAACAAGCUGCCACCGCCUCCUCCUCCCCCUCCUCCUGCUGCCCCUACCCUCCCCUGGAGUCUGCAGACAGGAGUGGACUGCACGGCCGGAGGAGUUUUAGCAUGUAAGUCUCUGUCAAUAGCAUUCAUUAUAACAACGUUUUGGUGGAGGGGCAUUACAUUUUUGUGUAUUCCUGUUGCUACUAUGAAGUAUAUAAUAUGUAUAAGGUUUAACUCUCUGUAUUUCAGUGACAGCUCUGCUGUUUAAGAUGGAAGAGGCCAAUAUCGCAAGUAGAGCCAAAGCCCAAGAGUUCAUCCAUGCUACAAGCCAGGUGUGUGUGUCUUUGAGUAAAUUAUGUUCCGUUAUGUGUGUGUGUAUGUACAGUUGAAGUCGGAAGUUUACAUACACCUUAGCCAAAUACAUUUAAACUCAGUUUUUCACAAUUCCUGACAUUUAAUCCUAAUAAAAAUUCCCUGUCUUAGGUCAGUUAGGAUCACCACUUCAUUUUAAGAAUGUGAAAUGUCAGAAUAAUAGUAGAGAGAAUGAUUUAUUUCAGCUUUUAUUUAUUUCAUCACAUUCCCAGUGGGUCAGAAGUUUACAUACACUCAAUUAGUAUUUGGUAGCCUUUAAAUUGUUUAACUUUGGUCAAAUGUUUUGGGCAGCCUUCCACAAGCUUCCCACAAUAAGUUGGAUGAAUUUUGGCCCAUUCCUCCUGACAGAGCUGGUGUAACCGAUUCAGGUUUGAAGGCCUCCUUGCUCGCACACGCUUUUUCAGUUCUGCCCACACAUUUUCUAUAGGAUUGAGGUCAGGGCUUUGUGAUGGCCACUCCAAUACCUUGACUUUGUUGUCCUUAAGCCAUUUUGCCACAACUUUGGAAGUAUGUUUGGGGUCAUUGUCCAUUUGGAAGACCCAUUUGCGACCAAGCUUUAACUUCCUGACCGAUGUCUUGAGAUGUUGCUUCAAUAUAUCCACAUAAUUUUCCUUCCUCAUAAUGCCAUCUAUUUUGUAAAGUGCACCAGCCCCUCCUGCAGCAAAGCAUCCCCACAGCAUGAUGCUGCCACCCCCGUGCUUCACGGUUGGGAUGGUGUUCUUCGGCUUGCAAGCCACUCCCUUUUUCCUCCAAACAUAACGAUAGUUAUUAUGACCGAAUAGUUCUAUUUUUGUUUAAUCAGACCGGAGGACAUUUCUCCAAAAAGUACGAUUAUUGUCCCCAUGUGCAGUUGCAAACUGUAGUCUGGCUUUUUUAUGGCGGUUUUGGAGCAGUGGCUUCUUCCUUGCUGUGCGGCCUUUCAGGUUAUGUCGAUAUAGGACUCGUUUUACUGUGGCUAUAGAUACUUUUGUACCUGUUUCCUCCAGCAUCUUCACAAGGUCCUUUGCUGUUGUUCUGGGAUUGAUUUGCACUUUUCGCACCAAAGUACGUUCAUCUCUAGGAGACAGAACGCGUCUCCUUCCUGAGCGGUAUGACGGCUGCGUGGUCCCAUGGUGUUUAUACUUGCGUACUAUUGUUUGUACAGAUGAACGUGGUACCUUCAGGCGUUUGGAAAUUGCUCCCAAGGAUGAACCAGACUUGUGGAGGUCUACCAUUUUUUUUUUUUUCGGAGGACUUGGCUGAUUUCUUUUGAUUUUCACAUGAUUUCAAGCAAAGAGGCACUGAGUUUUAAGGUAGGCCUUGAAAUACAUCCACAGGUACACCUUCAAUUGACUCAAAUUAUGUCAAUUAGCCUAUCAGAAACUUCUAAAGCCAUGACAUCAUUUUCUGGAAUUUUCCAAGCUGUGUAAAGGCACAGUCAACUUAGUGUAUGUAAACUUCUGACCCACUGGAAUUGUGAUACAGUGAAUUAUAAGUGAAAUAAUCUGUCUGUAAACAAUUGUUGUAAAAAUUACUUGUCAUGCACAAAGUAGAUGUCCUAACCGACUUGCCAAAACUAUAGUUUGUUAACCAGAAAUGUGUGGAGUGGUUGAAAAACGAGUUUUAAUGACUCCAACCUAAGUGUAUGUAAACUUCCGACUUCAACUGUAUGUGCAUCAGUACAGUACCAGUCAAAAGUUUGGACACACCUACUCAUUCAAGGGUUUUUCUUUAUUUUUUACUAUUUUCUAAAUUGUAGAAUAAUAGAAAAGACAUCAAAACUAUGAAUCAUGUAGGAACCAAAAAAGUGUUAAACAAAUGAAAUUAUAUUUUAUAUUUGAGAUUCUUCAAAUAGCCACACUUUGCCUUGAUGACAGCUUUGCACAAUCUCUUGGCAUUCUCUCAACCUGCUUCAUGAGGAAUGCUUUUCCAACAGUCUUGAAGGAGUUCCCACAUAUCCCUUCACUCUGUGGUCCAACUCAUCCCAAACCAUCUCAAUUGGGUUGAGGUCGGGUGAUUGUGGAGGCCAGGUCAUCUGAUGCAGCACUCAAUCACUCUCCUUCUUGGUCAAAUAGCCUUUACACAGCCUGGAGGUGUGUUGGGUCAUUGUCCUGUUGAAAAACAAAUGAUAGUACCGCUAAGCGCAAACCAGAUGGAAUGGCGUAUCGCUGCAGAAUGCUGUGGUAGCCAUGCUGGUUAAGUGUGCCUUGAAUUCUAAAUAAAUCACUGACAGUGUCACCAGCAAAGCACCCCCACACCAUCACACCUCUUCCAUGCUUCACAGUGGGAACCACACAUGCGGAGAUCAUCCGUUCACCUACUCUGCGUCUCACAAAGACACGGCGGUUUGGACUCCAGACCAAAGGACGAUUUCCACCGGUCUAAUGUCCAUUGCUCGUUUUUCUUGGCCCAAGCAAGUCUCUUCUUCUUAUUGGUGUCCUUUUAGUAGUGGCUUCUUUGCAGCAAUUCGACCAUGAAGGCCUGAUUCACGCAGUCCCCUCUGAACAGUUGAUGUUGAGAUGUGUCUUACUUGAACUCUGAAGCAUUUAUUUGGGCUGCAAUCUGAGGUGCAGUUAACUCUAAUGAACUUAUCCUCUGCAGCAGAGGUAACUCUGGGUCUUCCUUCCCUGUGGCGGUCCUCAUGAGAGCCAGUUUCAUCACAGCGCUUGAUGGUUUUUGUGACUGCACUUGAAGAAACUUUAAAAUUUCUUGACAUUUUCCGGAUUGACUGACCUUCAUGUCUUAAAGUAAUGAUGGACUGUCAUUUCUCUUUGCUUAUUUGAGCUGUUCUUGCCAUAAUAUGGACUUGGUCUUUUACCAAAUAGGGCUAUCUUCUGUAAUAUACCCCUACUUUGUCACAACACAACUGAUUGGCUUAAAAUGCAUUAAGAAGGAAAUAAAUUCCACAAAUUAACUUUUAACAAGGCACACCUGUUAAUUGAAAUGUGUUCCAGGUGACUACCUCAUGAAGCUGGCAGAGAGAAUACCAAGAGUGUGCAAAGCUGUCAUCAAGGCAAAGGGUGGCUACUUUGAAAAAUCUCAAAUAUAUUUUGAUUUGUUUAACACUUUUGUGGUUACUACUUGAUUCCAUGUGUUAUUUCAUAAUUUUGAUAUAUUCACUAUUAAUCUACAAUGUAGAAAAUAGUUUAAAAAAAGUAAAACCCUUGAAUGAGUAGGUGUGUCCUAACUUUUGACUGGUACUGUAUAUACUAGGCGGUGUCAGAUGAAGGCCCCAGUCACCCAAGUCAUAAACUGUUCUCUCUGCUACUGCACAGCAAAUGGUACUGGAGCGCCAAGACUAGGUCCAAAAGGCUCCUUAACAGCUUCUACCCCCAAGCUCUAAGACUGCUGAACAAUUAAUCAAGUGGCCACCCGGACUAUUUACAUUGACACCCACCCCUUUGUUUUUACACUGCUGCUACCUGCUGUUUAUUAUCUAUGCAUAGUCAGUUUACCCCUAUCUACAUGUACAAAUUACCUCGACCAACCUGUACCCCUGCACAUUGACGCAGUACCAGUACCCACUCGUUAUUGUUAUUUUAUUGUGUUACUUUUUAUUUUAUUUAGUAAAUAUUUUCUCAACUCUAUUUCUUGAACUGCAUUGUUGGUUAAGGGCUUGUAAGUAAGCAUUUCACGGUAAGGUCUACACCUGUUGUAUUCGGCGCAUGUAAUUUUCAAGCAGAUUUAUGUCAAAACUGUAACUAAGCCACUCAGGAACAUUCAAUGUUGACUUGGUAAGCAACUCCAGUGUAUAUUUGGCCUGGUGUUUUAGAUUAUUGUCCUCCUGAAAGGUGAAUUUGUCUCCCAGUGUCUGUUGGAAUGCAGACUGAACCAGGUUAUACUCUAGGAUAUUGCCUGUGCUUAGCUCUAUUCAGUUUCUUUUUAUACUAAAAAAACUCCUUGGUCCUUGCCGAUGACCAGCAUACCCAUAACAUGAUGCAGCCACCACCAUGCUUGAAAAUAUGAUGUGGUACUCAGUAAUGUUGUAUUUGCCCCAAACAUAACACUUUGUAUUCAGGACAAAGUGACUUUAGUGCCUUGUUGCAAACAGAAUGCAUGUUUUGGUAUAUAUUUUUUAAUAUUUUUCUGUGCAGGCUUCCUUCUUUUCACACUCAUUAUAUUAACGUAACUACAAUGUUGUUGGUCCAUCCUCAGUUUUCUCCUAUCACAGCAUGUAACUGUUUUAAAGUCACCAUUGGCCGGGCCUCCCGAGUGGCGUGGCGGUCUAAGGCACUGCAUCGCAGUGAUAGAGGCGUCACUACAGACCCGGGUUUGAUCCCGGGCUGUAUCACAACCUGCCGUAAAUCGUGAGUCCCAUAGGGCGGCGCACAAUUGGCCCAGCGUCAUCCGGGUUAGAUGAAGGUUUGGCACUUAACCCUAAUUGCUCAUGUAAGUCGCUCUGUAUAAGAGCGUCUGCUAAAUUACUAAAAUGUAAAUGUUUGGCUGGGGUGGCUUUACUUGGCUCAUCGCGCUCUAGGGACUCCUUGUGGCGGGGUGCCUGCAGGCUGACCUCGGUCGUCAGCUGGACGGUGUGUCCUCCGUCACAUUGGUGCGGCUGGCUUCUGGGUUAAGUGGGCGGGUGUUAAGAAAGGCGUGUUGGCGGGUCAUGUUUCAGAGGACGCAUGACUCGACCUUCGCCUCCCAAGCCCGUUGGGGAGUUGCAGCGAUGAGACAAGAUCGAAAAAGGGGGUAAAAUAAAAAUGUGCCAAACAAAAUCACCAUUGGCCUCAUGGUGAAAUCCCUGAGCAGUUUCCUUCCUCUCCGGCAACUGAGUUAGGAAGGACGCCUGUAUCUUUGUAGUGACUGGGUGUAUUGAUGCACCAUUGAAAGUGUAAUUAAUAACUUCACCAUGCUCAAAGAGAUAUUCAAUGUCUGCUUCUUUUUUUUUUUUUUACCCAUCUACCAAUAGGUGCCCUUCUUUGCGAGGCAUUGGAAAACCUCCCUGGUCUUUGUGGUUGAAUCUGUGUUUGAAAUUCACUGCUCGACUGAGGGACUUUUCAGAUAAUUGUAUGUGUGGGGUACAGAGAUGAGGUAGUCAUUCAAAAAUCAUGUUAACCACUAUUAUUGCACACAGAGUGAGUCCAUGCAAUUUAUUAUGUGACUUGUUAAGUACAUUUUAACUCCUGAACUUAUUCAGGCUUGCUAUAACAGAGGUUAAAUACUUAUUGACUAAAGACAUUUCAGCCUUUAAUUUCUAAAAACAUAAUUCCACUUGGACAUUAUGGGUUAUUGUGUGUAGGCCAGUGACACAAAAUCUCAAUUUAAUCCAUUUUAAAUUCAGGCUGUAACACAACAAAAUGUGAAAAAAGUCAAGGGAGGUAAAUACUUUCUGAAAGCACUGUAUACGUGUUACAUAUUUGUCUUGGAUUGUUUUGAAGGUGUUCGAUAUCUGACCAAACACUUCGUUUCUCAUCAUACCUUCCAUCUCUCUCUCUCUCUUGCAGAUUCUCUCCCAAACCAAUCAGAACCAUUCAUCGCAGCAUGCCCCUUCCUCUUCUUCCUCCUCCCAGGUUCAUCCUCCCCCAGGCCCCACCCCUGCCCAGUUCAUCCUGCACAGCUCUCUCCCAUUGGUGGGCUGCACCAAAACCCUGCCCAGCCACCUGCACCCUGGCAUGUCUAUGGGUGGCGGCUGUGCCCAGACCCCGCCCCCUCCCAUGCCCUCUGGGUUCUCGGGAGGGUCUGGGGGCUGUAGUGAUAUAGGCUGGGACAACGAGAGCAAGGACCCUGACAAGGUAGCACCAUUAAAAACCAUGUCUUUCUACUGCUCCCAUAUCUUCCAAUUACUGGUGUGUGUGUGUGGAAUGGAAUAAGGUCAUCAGACUAUCAGUACAGUACUGCAUAGUGUCUUCACGAUACCAGAAUGUUUACUUCAUUACCGAUACCAGGUUUAGUAUCACGAUGCUCGAUACCAAAACGAUACCACGGCAAAAAAGGCAUAUUAGCCAAAGUCACAGAAUGGCACUUGAUCCAGACAGAUGGACUCAGCUACUGCUCUGUUGAAUCGUUGAGUUCAAUAUCAUUACAUUUGCAUUUUUUCGCAUACAAUUUUUUCAGAGACAGCCAUGUAUGCAUUAAUGAAUCAAUUAUACAAUCAUGCAAUCAGUUUGACUUUGUUUUUACCAUUUUAUUUGAAUGGUAAAUCUUUAUUGGGUAAAUCAAGCUGUAUCAUAUUCAAUAGGAGUGUGUGAAUGCGUUGAGUUAUUGAACUUGUUUUGGGUGAUUCCAUGGGGCUACAGAUGACAAACCAUUUCCCAUCCAUUUGGGACACAUUUUAUUGUGUUCAUCAACAACAUUUGCAUAGAAGUAGCUUUUUUCAUAAAAAUGUGUGUUGUCUCUUCAACCAGUAAUGAUGUCAUUCAUGAAACAGUCAGUUCACUGACGGAGAGAUGUGACAGACAGACCGAAAUAAGUGAAUCCAUGAAGUUUUUAGUAGCAAUCAGCUUUGAAAUCAACAUAUUCUGCGUUAUAGUUUGCAUAUUAUCACAAAGUCUAGGGUAGUGAAUUGAUGUUAGCUUUAGCUGUCACCUAGCAAGGAAAGUUAGCCUACAAAGCUGGACACUGUAUAUUCUUCCAUUGUAAAGGGUUCUAGCCUGUAUCGAUCGACAUUGUUUUGCGAACAGUAAUGAACAGUUUCAACAUCUACAUGCCUUGUCGAAUUAUUCAAGUCUGUUAAUUUCUGUGCAGCAUGAGUGGGGAGCUAACAUGAUGCAGCCCAGACUCCCAGUGCACACUAGCAAUAAGCAAGUGGAGCAGGCACUGUGGGCGCUAUAAUAAGGGGUCGGCUGCGCUGAUAAGACAGGCUUGAUCCGUGAGACACAUUUGACAGAAGUACCGAAAGUAACAAAUUCUACUGCAAAACAGUUUUUCAUGUUCUGGUAUUGAAAGGGUACUGACGUUUUGGUAUACCGUGCAACACUGGUAUACACUGCACCUCUUAUUUUAUUUUUCUCUCUCUCGCUCUCAGUACCUGAAGAAGCUCCACACUCAAGAGCGUGCGGUGGAGGAGGUGAAGCUGGCCAUUAAGCCCUACUACCAGCGUAAAGAUAUUAACAAGGACGACUACAAGGACAUCCUGAGGAAGGCAGUGCACAAGGUAACCCAGCCCUCUAACCCUAAACCUGCUUUAGCUGCAUUACAUUGUUAUUACAUGGUUUAGCACAAUGUUAGUGUGAUGACAUGGUUUAAGUACGGUGUUAUUACAUGGUUUAAGUACGCUGUUAUUACAUGGUUUAGUACAGUGUUAUUACAUGCUUAGUAUAUUAUUACAUGGCUUAGUAGUGUUACAUGAUUUAGUAUAGUGUUAUUACAUGGUUUUGUACAGAGUUAACUGUGUUAUUCGAUGGUGUAAAACACCUUAUUUUAUGAAUGACUUAAUAAACAGUUGGUUCAGUAGUUGAAUCAGGUGUGUUAAUGCUGGGCUGGAACAAAAAAGUCUGCUCAGCAAUGGUUAGGCUUUUGGGUUUAGGCUGUAGUGUCUCUCAGUAACAGAGUGUAGGUGCAUUUUGUUCUGUAGGAAUAACAAUUGCUGUUCAACCUGUUUGUGACUUGCACAUUUUAAAAAGAUUGGCAAACACAAUUUAAAAGAUUGGCAUAAUUACUAGACUGAGUAGUGUGGUGUCGAUACAAUUACUUUGAUGUGUUUGUGAAUGUUUAUAGAAUUUCCAUAAACAGGUAUUGGCAGUUGUUGGAAGUGUGGUAUAUUUAAGCAAUAAGGCCCGAGGGGGUGUGUUAUAUUGGCCAAUACACUGAACAAAAAUAUAAACGCAACAUGUUAAGUGUUGGUCCCAUGUUUCAUGAGCUGAAAUAAAAUAUAUAUAUAAAAAAAAAACAUAUGCACAAAAAGCUUAUUUCUCUCAAAUUUUGUGCACAAAUUUGCUUACAUCCCUGUUAGUGAGUAUUUCUCCUUUGCAAAGAUAAUCCAUCCACCUGACAGGUGUGGCAUAUCAAGAAGCUUAUUAAACAGCAUGAUCAUUACACAGUUGCACCUUAUGCUGGGGACAAUUAAAGGUCACUCUAAAAUGUGCAGUUUUGUCACACAACACAAUGCCACAGAUGUCUCAAGUUUUGAUGGAGCGUGCAAUUGGCAUGCUGACUGCAGGAAUGUCCAGCAGAGCUGUUGCCAGAGAAUUGAAUGUUCACAAGCCACGUCCAAUGCCGUUUUAGAGAAUUUGGCAGUAUGUCCAACUGGCCUCACAACUGUAGACCAUGUGUAACCACGCCAGCCAAGGAUGUCCACAUCCGGCUUCUUCACCUGCGGGAUCGUCUGAGACCAGCCACCUGGACGGACAGCUGAUGAAACUGUGGGUUUGCACAACCGAAGAAUUUCUGCACAAACUGUCAUAAAUCGUCUCAGGGAAGCUCAUCUGCGUGCUCUUCGUCCUCACCAGGAUCUUGAACUGACUGCAGUUUGGCGUCGUAACUGACUUCAGUGGGCAAAUACUCACCUUCGAUGGCCACUGGCACGCUGGAGAAGUGUGCUCUUCAUGGAUGAAUCCUGGUUUCAAUUGUACUGUGCAGACGUGUGGGCGAGCGGUUUGCUGAUGUCAACGUUGUGAACAGAGUGCCCCAUGGUGGGGUUAUGGUAUGGGCAGGCAUAAGCUAUGGACAACUAACACGAUUGCAUUUUCUCUAAGGCAACUUGAAUGCACAGAGAUACCGUGAUGAGAUCCUGAUGCCCAUUGUUGUGCCAUUUAUCCGCAGCCGUCACCACAUGUUUCAGCAUAAUAAUGCACGGCCCCAUGUCGCAAGGAUGUGUACACAAUUCCUGGAAGCUGAAAAUGUCCCAGUUCUUUUAUGGCCUGCAUACUCACCAGACAUGUCACCCAUUGAGCAUGUUUGGGAUGCACUGGAUCAACAUUUACGACAGCAUGUUCCAGUUCCCGCCAAUAUCCAGCAACUUCUCACAGCCAUUGAAGAGGAGUGGGACAACAUUCCACAGGCCACAAUCAACAGCCUGAUCAACUCUAUGCGACGGAGAUGUGUCGCGCUGCAUGAGGCAAAUGGUGGUCACACCAGAUACUGACUGGUUUUCUGAUCCACGCCCAUACAUUAAGGUAUCUGUGACCAACAGAUGCAUAUCUGUAUUCCCAGUCAUGUGAAAUCCAUAGAUUAGGGCCUAAUGAAUUUAUUUCCUUCAUAUGAACUGUGACUCAGUAGAAUCUUUGUAUGUUGUUUAUAUUUUUGUUCAGUGUACUGUGGCCAAGGGCUGUUCUUAUGCACGACACGAAGCCGUAUAUUGGCCAUAUACCACAAACCUCAGAGGUGCCUUAUUGCUGCUAUAAACUGGUUUCCAACAUAAAAAGAACAGUAAGCAAGUAUUUUUGCAUCAUACCCGUGGUAUACAGUGGGGAAAAAAGUAUUUAGUCAGCCACCAAUUGUGCAAGUUCUCCCACUUAAAAAGAUGAGAGAGGCCUGUAAUUUUCAUCAUAGGUACACGUCAACUAUGACAGACAAAUUGAGGAAAAAAAUUCCAGAAAAUCACAUUGUAGGAUUUUUUAUGAAUUUAUUUGCAAAUUAUGGUGGAAAAAUAAGUAUUUGGUCACCUACAAACAAGCAAGAUUUCUGGCUCUCACAGACCUGUAACUUCUUCUUUAAGAGGCUCCUCUGUCCUCCACUCGUUACCUGUAUUAAUGGCACCUGUUUGAACUUGUUAUCAGUAUAAAAGACACCUGUCCACAACCUCAAACAGUCACACUCCAAACUCCACUAUGGCCAAGACCAAAGAGCUGUCAAAGGACACCAGAAACAAAAUUGUAGACCUGCACCAGGCUGGGAAGACUGAAUCUGCAAUAGGUCAGCAGCUUGGUUUGAAGAAAUCAACUGUGGGAGCAAUUAUUAGGAAAUGGAAGACAUACAAGACCACUGAUAAUCUCCCUCGAUCUGGGGCUCCGCGCAAGAUCUCACCCCGUGGGGUCAAAAUGAUCACAAGAACGGUGAGCAAAAAUCCCAGAACCACACGGGGGGACCUAGUGAAUGACCUGCAGAGAGCUGGGACCAAAGUAACAAAGCCUACCAUCAGUAACACACUACGCCGCCAGGGACUCAAAUCCUGCAGUGCCAGAUGUGUCCCCCUGCUUAAGCCAGUACAUGUCCAGGCCCGUCUGAAGUUUGCUAGAGUGCAUUUGGAUGAUCCAGAAGAGGAUUGGGAGAAUGUCAUAUGGUCAGAUGAAACCAAAAUAGAACUUUUUGGUGGUAACUCAACUCGUCGUGUUUGGAGGACAAAGAAUGCUGAGUUGCAUCCAAAGAACACCAUACCUACUGUGAAGCAUGGGGGUGGAAACAUCAUCCUUUGGGGCUGUUUUUUUGCAAAGGGACCAGGACGACUGAUCCGUGUAUAGGAAAGAAUGAAUGGGGCCAUGUAUCAUGAGAUUUUGAGUGAAAACCUCCUUCCAUCAGCAAGGGCAUUGAAGAUGAAACGUGGCUGGGUCUUUCAGCAUGACAAUGAUCCCAAACACACCGCCCGGGCAACGAAGGAGUGGCUUCGUAAGAAGCAUUUCAAGGUCCUGGAGUGGCCUAGCCAGUCUCCAGAUCACAACCCCAUAGAAAAUCUUUGGAGGGAGUUGAAAGUCUGUGUUGCCCAGCGACAGCCCCAAAACAUCACUGCUAUAGAGGAGAUCUGCAUGGAGGAAUGGGCCAAAAUAUCAGCAACAGUGUGUGAAGACUUACAGAAAAUGUUUGACCUGUGUCAUUGCAAACAAAGGGUAUAUAACAAAGUAUUGAGAAACGUUUGUUAUUGACCAAAUACUUAUUUUCCACCAUAAUUUGCAAAUAAAUUCAUAAAAAAUCCUACAAUGUGAUUUUCUGGAUUUUCUUUUCUCAUUUUGUCUGUCAUAGUUGACGUGUACCUAUGAUGAAAAUUACAGGCCUCUCUCAUCUUUUUAAGUGGGAGAACUUGCACAAUUGGUGGCUGAUUAAAUACUUUUUUUCCCCCACUGUAUUGUCUAAUAUACACACGGCUGAAAUGCUGUUUCAGCCAAUCAGCAUCCAGAAUGCAAACUACCCAGAAUAUGUAACUAUGUUCCAGCAGUUACAAUUUGAAGUAAUUACAGCGUAAUUACUGUGUAGUUACAGUUUAACAACCAUUUGAUAUAUAGUGUGUUUAUGACUAAUACUGACCUAUGUGUGGUUGUCUUUGCUUCUCAGAUCUGCCACAGUCGAACAGGAGAGAUCAACCCGGUCAAGGUGAGCAACCUGGUCAAGCUUUACGUUCAGAGGUACAAGUACUUCAGGAAGCACGGUCGAAAGAUGGACGAGGAAGAGAGGGAGGACAGAGAGAUGGAUUCCUCCUAUUGA